GAUGUGGCUUCCCAUUUGCUAACAUCCCAGUCCCGGGCGCUGCCGCCGCCGCCGCCGCCGCGCUGGGCUGAACCUGGCCGGGGCAGGCGAAGGUGCCUCUCCGCUCGCGGGGGAGGGUCUCCGCGGGUGCGCGCCGGUGAUCCCUCAACUUUGAUUAUGUUUUGGGUACAUUGAAAAGACAUUUCCCACUCUUGCCAACGGUUGCGUACUGUUCAGUUGGUCACAAAGAGGAAGAUAAAGGCUUGGAGUCAAAUGGCAUUUUAUUGAGGUUAUGCCAGUCAAACAAAAAGCACUUCCUGGAAUCGUCUGCAGUUCUUACAAUAUGGAGUUAUAGACUUCCCUUUCUUGCAUCCUCACUUAUCCUUCAUUUUCCUAGCAGCUUAAUUUCAUUUUGGAGAUUAAUUCUUGAAGUACCAUUGCUGAAAAGGAGAGGGCAGACAUUUGAACUGUGCAGCACAAUUAAAAGAGGCUCCCUUUCUUUCUCCUUGAUUGAAUCCAGAAAUUAAAGGCAACCAUUUGAACUGAAAGUGAGCAUGGUAGGAUCUUGAGCAUAUGGUACACUACAGUCACAGAAGACAGAGUGAAGAAUGGCUUCCAGAGAGAGGCUGUAUGAACUUUGGAUGCUUUAUUGUAAUAAGAAAGAUCCAGACUACUUGAAGCUCUGGUUAGACAGUUUUGUUUCUAGUUAUGAACAGUUUCUGGAUGUGGAUUUUGAAAAAUUGCCCACAAGGGUGGAUGAUGUUCCUCCUGAAAUAUCACUGCUUCCUGAUAACAUUCUUCAGGUCUUGAGGCUUCAGCUGCUGCAUUGUGUCCAGAAAUUAUCCGAAGGAUUGGAAGAACCACAGCAAGCCUUGUCCCUUCUCCUCGUCAAAUUCUUUAUUAUCCUUUGCCGAAACUUAGCAAAUGUAGAAGAAAUUGGGACCUGUUCUUACAUUAAUCAUGUCAUUACAAUGACUACAGUCUAUAUUCAACAGUUAAAGAGUAAAACAAAGGAGAAAGAAGUGGCAGAUCAAACACCAAUAGAAGAAUUUGUCAGACAUGCACUGGCUUUUUGUGAAAGCCUCUAUGAUCCCUAUCGCAAUUGGAGGCAAAGAAUAGCAGGGCGAAUUCUGGGCACUGUAGAAAAAAGCAGACAGAAAUACAAACCAGCUUCACUCACGGUGGAGUUUGUCCCUUUCUUUUAUCAGUGUUUUCAAGAAAGUGAGCAUCUAAAAGAGAGCCUAAAGUGUUGUCUGCUUCAUCUCUUUGGCGCUAUCGUGGCUGGUGGGCAGAGGAAUGCUCUCCAAGCAAUUUCUCCGGCCACUAUGGAGGUCUUGAUGCGCGUUUUGGCGGAUUGUGACAUGUGGGAUAACAGAGACCCGGACGAGAUGAGCCGGAAGGCAGAGCUGACCCUGAAGUGCCUGACAGAAGUGGUGCACAUCCUCCUGACCAGCAGCUCCGAUCAGCGGCAAGUGGAAACCAGUGCCAUACUGGAAAACUACUUCAAGCUGCUCAACUCUGAUCAUAUGGCCUUGCCUAAUUCAAGGAGAUCUCGGCAGUGGGAGAGCAGGUUCAUAGCACUACAGAUUCAAAUGCUGAAUACUAUCACUGCCAUGUUAGACCACACAGAUCGGCCUGUUCUGCAAGCCAUUUUCCUUAACAGUAACUGUUUUGAGCAUCUUAUUCGACUGUUGCAGAACUGCAAGCUGUUUUUAAAUGCUAACAAUAAGGUGGCAGACAAGACCGAGAAAGACCUUGCCAACAAAUUCCUGACAGAAAUGAAUCAGGAGCAGGUGUUUCAAGGCCAGCUGGACUGCUUGGCGGCGGCAGCCAUUCAAGCUCUCACUGCUGUGAUGCACAAAUCUCCAGCUGCUAAGGAAGUGUUUAAGGAGAGGAUUGGUUAUGCCCAUCUAUUUGAGGUCCUAAAAUCUAUGGGUCAGCCUUCACGGGAACUACUUGAAGAACUUAUGAAUAUGGCUGUUGAAGGUGACCACGCCUCAGUUGGGAUGUUGGGCAUCAGUAACGUUCAGCCCUUGCUGCUGCUGAUCCAGUGGCUUCCAGAGCUGGAGUCGCGUGAUCUUCAGGUCUUCAUCUCCAACCUGCUAAAGCGAAUCUGUUGCCUGAACCGGCAGAGCCGGGCCACCUGCGUCAAUACAAACAUGGUCAUCCAUAUCAUCAAGACACUCAGUCAGCACGCCCUGCUGCAUGGAGCUUGUGCAGAGAACCUGAUCGCUCUCUUGGGUGCUUUGGGCAGUCAUUCCAUGAGCUCUGAAGAGCUGCACCAGCUGAUCAGACUGCUGAGGACUAAGGACCCGAAGCAGAUCCAUCCUUACACCGUCCCCGUUAUGCGCGCAAUCCUGACGAUGGCUCGCAAGCAAGGCCUGGACAGUGCCUUGCAGUAUUUUGACUUGUCGCAUAGCAUGGCUGGCAUCGCAGUCCCACCGAUUCACAAGUGGCCGGGCUCUGCAUUUGCCUUCAGUGCUUGGCUGUGCUUGGACCAAGAGCAAAUGAUCCCUGGACCCAAUGGCAAGGGAGGCAAGAGGAAGCAGCUCUACAGCUUUUUUACAGGUAGCGGGAUGGGCUUUGAGGCAUUCAUUACCUGCUCAGGAAUGCUAGUGGUUGCUGUAUGUACAAAGAAAGAGUAUGCCACAGUGAUGCUUUCAGACCACUGCUUCAGCGAUUCGCUCUGGCACAAUAUAAGCAUUGUUCAUAUGCCUGGGAAAAGGCCCUUUGGCCAAAGCCUUGUCUAUAUUUAUGUAAACGGGCAGCAGAAGAUCUCGGCGCCACUCAGAUUUCCUGCCAUGAAUGAACCGUUUACUUCUUGCUGUAUUGGUUCUGCUGGUCAAAGGACAACUACUCCUCCACCAUCCCAAAUCCCAGAUCCGCCUUUCUCGUCCCCCAUUAUGCCUCAUCGGACACCGCUUGGCGGGAUUCUCGCUCCAGGCAGCUGGGGUGGGCUGCUGGGCAAACCGGAACUAAUCACCAAGCUGAUCUCAGCAGGAACUCAGGACAGUGAGUGGGGAUGCCCAACGUCUCUGGAAGGCCAGCUUGGAUCCGUGAUCAUAUUCCAUGAAGUUUUGCAACCCUCUCACGUGAAAGCUUUAUAUUUGGCAGGUCCAAACUGCUUAACUCCAUGGAAAUCCCAGGAAUCCGAAGUGGCCGAUUUGCCCAGUAAAAUACUUCUUCAUUAUACUCCCAAGGCUUGCAGAAGCCCAAUCUGCCUGGACCUUUCUCCAAAUCUUCUACAUGGAAGGCUAACAGGGAACAAAGUAGUGAACUGGGACAUCAAGGAUAUGAUCAAUUGUAUAGGUGGAUUAAACGUGCUCUUCCCACUGCUGGAGCAGAUCAGCUUCCUUGACGGGCAGUCCCCUGCGAGGCCGGAGGUGGCUCCUGUGCCUCCAGAGGCACUGAUGUUCACAGAAGGCGAUGGAGUGGCAUCAGCCUCCACCAGAGCUUCAGAGGCUCGCUUAGAGAAGAACGUCGUUGCAACCUUCAUCUUAAUGAUAAAGCACUUUAUUCAAAGGCACCAGAUCAACCAGGACAAUCUUGUUCACACACACGGUGUUGCAACCUUAGGAGAACUUCUGCAGAAGGUCCCCAGUACCUUCAUGGAUGUGAAUGUACUGGUGGCAGUCCAAUUACUGAUCGAACAGGUUUCUGUCGCAAAAAAUGCGCAGCUUUUGCAGCAGAUGUACCAGCACUUGCUUUUUGACUUCAGCAUCUGGAACCGUGGAGACUUCCCCUUCCGAAUAGGCCAUAUCCAGUAUCUUUCUACAAUUAUCAAAGAUAGCAGGAGGCUCUUCCGGAAAAAGUAUGGUGUACAAUUUUUACUGGAUACUCUGCGGAUUUACUAUGGAAACAGCUGCGAAGAGAGUGACUUGGCUCCUGAUGAUCUUAGAACAAUAAGGACAUCUUUAUAUGGAUUAAUCAAAUAUUUCUUGAGCAAAGGUGGGACACAUGAGGAAGUACAGAGCAUCAUGGGAUAUAUAGCAGCCAUCAAUGAUGAGGAACAGCUCUUUGGGAUCCUGGACAUGCUCUUCAGCCUGCUUCACACCAGCCCAACCCGAGAUCAGCUGUUCUUGUUGCUUUUCGAGCCGGGAAAUGCAGACAUUCUUUAUGCACUGCUGCUGAAUCAGCGGUACACGGACCAGCUGAAGGAGCUCGUUUUCAAGAUCGUGGAGCAGAUGCUGAAGUGCACCAAAGUCUACGAACGCAGCAAGCAACGGAUGAAACUCAGAGAAGUCGGAUAUUCUGGGCUGGGACUGCUCUUGAAUGAAUCUCCAGUUACCACAUCUCUAAUCAAGAACCUUUUCAACCAAGUUCUGCAUGCCGAUCCAGUUGUGAAUUACAGGGACUUUAUGGCUGUGGUGCAUUUGGCUCACAAAGCAGAUAUCAAUGUCAGGGUCGCCAUCUGUCGAAAGCUUUUGCAGAUCCUGCAUUCCCAGCAGGAUUCAGCACAGCAGAUUUCUCAGCAGCUUGGCUGGCAGGAGACAUUGACCCGGCUCUUCCUAAAAGAGCACGCGGACAUCAAGAAUGGUGCAAGGGAGAACAAAAAUGACCCGGCUAAAGAGGACGAAAAGCGAGCUUUUCCCAGAGACCACCAGAAACGCCAUUUGUCAAAGGCAGAUGGGGAAGAAAGUACCAGCUUUGUUAAUGGUUCGUGUGAUCAGUGGAGCUUAGAAGAUGGCAAAUCCACGGCAAUGCUGGAAGAUGCCUCCAUGGUAGAGAUGCUGUUCAGGCCUGAAGAUCCAGAAGACCUAUGGCAAAAAAACCCUUCGCACCUGAGUUUAGAGCUGUCGAGCGCUGACUUCUACGAGCUGGGGGACAGCGGGAGCCAGAUGGCAGAUAGUCUGCCCAGCACUCCUUCGCCCAUUGAGAGCACAAAGACAUUUUCUGGGCAGCUGGACAGGGAGUCAUGUGCUAUGGAGGAGGUGGCAUUCACUGCGGAUCUCUCUUCAUUCGAAAUUCAUGAAGCAUGUGAAGAAGAUCUUGUACACUUGCUCACAGAUGUUCUGCUCUGUGUGCUGUGGAAAGGCGUAGAAAGAUCAGAUGAUGCUGCUUGGCUUGAGAGGGGACAAGUUUUUUCUGCUCUCACCAAGCUGGGGGUUUCCAAUGAGCUACUACGGCCAUCAGAUGAAAUUAAACUCAUCUUGCUGGAGAAGAUGCUUGAGUGGGCAGUCACUGACAGCAGAGAUGUCAAAUCCCUCCCUAUGUAUGCUGAGAAUGCCUUCCGGCUCCUACUUAUUGUGCAAGAUUUCCUGCAAGCAGAAGGCCUUGUGAAUUCAAAUCUAUGGACAGAAAAGCUUUUGGAAGAACUGGUGACACUCAUGGACACCUUAUCAGUCUGGUACUCUUCUGGCCCCGAGUGUGUGAAGCUCUACCAGGUCCAGGUCCAGAUGCUUCUUGGGUUCAUUGGACAGGACAACUUACAGGUUUGUGCAAUGGCUGCAGCCAAGCUCAACACACUUCUUCAGACCAAAGUACUUGACAAUCAAGCUGAGUCUUGCUACCUCCUGGGCAAGCUGGAAGGCAUCCUGAGCCGGUCAAUCCGAGAAAGGACGGAGACAUACUCCUUCUUGAUCCCGCUUGUUCGGACCCUUGUUUCCAAAAUUUAUGACCUUCUCUUCAUGAGCUUGCACUUGCCUUCCCUGCCUUCUACAAAUGGAAGCCCCUCAUUUUUCGAGGACUUCCAGGACUAUUGCCACACCGAGGAGUGGCAGGGCUAUAUUGACAGAUACAUCAUUCCAAACAUGAAGCAGUAUGAGCUCAGUACUUUCAGCAACGGCCACGAGCAGAUGGCGGUAUAUUGGAAGGACUGCUACGAGGCAUUGAUGGUGAACAUCCAUAAGCGAGAGCGGGAGCGGGGAGAAAGCAAACUUUUGUUUCAGAAAUUUUUUGUGAAGCCAUUUAACCGAAGGGCCCGGCAGGAAAACCUGCGUUACAACAGCAUGCUGAAGCAGCUGCAUAACCAGCACACAGCAGCUCUGCGGCAGUGGAGAAGCACCAGGCACUCGCUCACUUGUGAACAAGGCCCCUGGGCUGAGAGGCAGCAGAAUCUUAUUCAUUGGAAACUUUCACAUGUGGAAAAUUAUUCACGAAUGAGACUAAAAUUAGUACAAAAUUACAAUUUCAACUCUCACCAGGAGGCCAGUGCCCUGAGGGAUAAUCUAGGAGUGCAGCAGGCGCCCCCAUCGAGUGAGGCUUUGCUGCUGGAGGCAGUGAAGCAAGUGAAGGUCAGCGAUGUGGAGGAUGAUGUGCUCGAGCUGCCGGAGGAAGAGCCAGCAGCAGGUGCCAACAUGGAUGAGAAGGAAGAACAGAGCCAGAAGGAGAAGCUGGUACUGUCUGAAGACUGUGAGCUUAUUACGAUAAUGAAUAUAAUACCAGGCCGGCUGGAGCUCACGACUCAGCACAUCUAUUUCUAUGACGGCAGCCUCGAGAAGGAGGAAGGUAUAGGUUUUGAUUUCAAAUGGGCGCUCUCUCAGAUUCGAGAGAUUCACUUGCGUCGCUACAACUUGAGGAGGUCAGCCUUGGAGAUCUUUUUUAUUGACCAGACUAACUACUUCCUUAACUUUAAAAAGGAGGCAAGAAAUAAAGUAUACAGCCGAAUUCUCUCUCUGUGUUCUGCAAAUAUAAGUGGGACCAGAUCACCUCAAGAAUUAUUUAAGGCAUCGGGACUAACUCAGAAAUGGGUGAAUAGAGAAAUGUCCAACUUUGACUACCUCAUGCAAUUAAAUACUAUGGCAGGAAGAACCUACAAUGACCUUGCACAAUAUCCAGUUUUUCCUUGGAUCUUACGAGAUUACACUUCAGAAGAAUUAGAUCUUAAUAAUCCAGCUGUGUUUCGGGAUCUCUCCAAACCCAUUGGUGUGGCAAAUGAAAAGAAUGCCAAGGCUGUACAGGAAAGAUACGAAAACUUUGAAGAUCCCCUUGGAAUUAUUGACAAGUUCCACUACGGUACUCACUACUCCAACGCUGCCGGGGUCAUGCAUUACCUCAUUCGUGUAGAGCCUUUUACCACCUUGCAUAUUCAGCUGCAGAGUGGCAGGUUCGACUGUGCUGAUCGGCAGUUCCAUUCCAUCCCUGCCACCUGGCAAGCUCUCAUGGAGAAUCCAAAUGAUGUGAAGGAGCUAAUCCCAGAGUUCUUCUACUUGCCAGAGUUCUUAGAGAAUCAAAACAAUUUCAACUUGGGUCAGCUGCAGAUCUCAAAAGAAGUGGUGAAUCAUGUCAUCCUCCCCAAAUGGGCCAGUUCUCCGGACGACUUCAUUUAUAAACACAGAAAAGCCCUGGAGUCGGAAUAUGUCUCUGCUCAUCUUCACGAAUGGAUAGACCUGAUCUUUGGCUAUAAACAGAGGGGGCCGGCUGCAAUAGAGGCACUCAACGUCUUCUACUACUGUACUUAUGAAGGAGCUGUAGAUCUGGAUGCCCUGAGUGAUGAGAAAGAAAGGAAAGCUUUGGAAGCGAUGAUCAAUAAUUUUGGACAAACACCUUGUCAGCUACUGAAGGAGCCUCAUCCUGCAAGGUUGUCUGCCGAGGAAGUGAUGCAAAAGCAAGCCAGAAAUGAGAGCUCCACCCUCAACCUGUUCCAGCAUCUCUCUGAGCUGAAAUCCUUCUUCAUCGAGGGAAUCAGCGAUGGGAUACCAUUUGUUAAGGCUGUAGUCCCUAGAAACCAGUACCGUUCUUUUAUGUCACAAGGGAGCCCAGAGAUUUUGGUAACAGUGAGUCUGAACUGCAUUGUGGGAACCCAUGGGUGGCUGCCCUAUGACCGCGGCAUCUCCAACUAUUUCACUUUCCUCAAAGAUCAAACCGUGACCAAUCCCAAAACGCAGCGAAGUGUCAGUGGCCCUUUUGCACCUGGACUGGAGCUGACGCCCAAACUGUUCGUGGCAUCUCAUGAUGCAAAGCUGCUUUUCAGUGGAGGCCACUGGGACAACAGCAUCAGGGUGACAUCACUCACCAAAGGAAAAUUGAUGGCACAGCAUAUUAGGCACAUGGAUAUUGUGACGUGCUUAGCUAUGGAUUUCUGUGGAAUCCAUUUAAUAUCCGGCUCGAGAGACACCACUUGUAUGAUAUGGCAAAUAGUCCAGCAGGGAGGAGUGCCUGUGGGCCUGGCCCCGAAACCCUUGCAGAUUCUCUACGGACACACCAGCGAAGUCUCUUGCGUCGGCAUCAGUACCAAAUUGGACCUGGCAGUCUCAGGGGCCCGGGAUGGAACUGUGAUUGUUCACACCAUUCGGAAAGGUCAGUACGUGAGGACGCUGAGGCCCCCCUGCGAGAGCUCUCUCCUGCUCACUGUUCCGAAUCUGGCCGUAUCUUGGGAAGGACACAUGGUCAUCCACACAAGCUUAGAAGGAAAGACCACGCUCAAGGAUAAGAAUGCACUACAUCUCUAUUCUGUGAAUGGAAGAUAUUUGGGCUCUGAGAGCCUGAAAGAAGAAGUGUCGGAUCUCUGUGUGGUUGGAGAAUAUAUCAUAAUGGGAAGUCAGCAGGGAUUCCUGUCCAUAAGAGACCUCUACAGCCUCAGCCUCAGCAUCUCACCCUUAGCCAUGCGACUGCCGAUCCGCUGUGUCUCGGUGACCAAAGAGCUCAGUCAUAUUCUGGUGGGCCUUGAGGAUGGCAAGUUGAUUGUCAUUGGCGUCGGGAAGCCAGCAGAGAUGCGUGCAGGCCAACUGUCCCGAAAGUUAUGGGGCUCAAGCAAACGGAUCAGCCAGAUUUCAUCAGGAGAAACUGAAUAUAACACUCAAGAUGCCAUGUGAUUUCUGCUUCUGCCUUCUCUUGGGGUUUGCACACAUUUAUUUAAUCUUCCAAUCAUUUUUCAACCCUCUCUCUCAACUUCCUCAAUUAUGUUGGAGCUGCAGCACAAUUGCCACAGGCGCAUAUGCAAGUGAGCAUAUAGCUAUCCAUAGUUUCUGUUGUUGUCUUACCACUGCAUCCAAAGCAGAAGCAAUAAACGAAUCCAGUACUAUUUAAACACAUGCAUAUGUGUGCACACACAGACUCACCAUAUACUGUGAAGCUGUGUGCAUCCGUGAGUAUGUCUGCACGUAUGUGUGUGUUUCACUUUGUGUGUUCAUUACGGUGAAUGUCAAACAUGUAUAUGCACGCUCACAUGUGAAUCUUGACAAUCCUGGGUGAACAGCUGAAAGAGAUCUCAACAACUUCUGGUCAUAGGCCAGCAUUUAUAGGUCAGCAUUCAUCAAUACAUGUGAUGGACACGUCUUAGCUCUACUUCUUUUUUGCUCAGUGUAAUAGUUGUCCCAUCGUCUGAUGUAAGCUAGCCUGACAUGCAGUGGAGGCUUAGGGACAUGGGGUUAGCUGCCGUUCCAAAAAAAGAAGCGUGCUGUAGGUAGUCUUUUGGAUCUUAGCCAGCACUUCUAUAUUACUUGGCACAUAAUAAAGCAACACACUUUCAGGUUUUUGUUUUUUUUUUUUUUGACAUCUUCAAGCCUUCACUAGAUUUGAAACAUUCAUUUUUCUAGACUUCAGGGGGAAACACAUUGGACAGACUCUUGGUGGCCACUACUGAAUCUGCACAACUAUUCUUUUAAUUUAAAAAAAACAUGCCUGUUAUUUCCAUUUCAAAAAUUUGCCAGUUUUUUUUUAUUAAAGAAAAACAUUCUUUCAACAAUUGUUCAAAAAGUAUUUGUGGAAAGGGAGUGGCCUCAUGAGCUUCACUGUCCCUGGUAGCUGGAGACUCAGAAAAGUGAAGACACAUUGGGGCAGUGAGAAGAACACUGAAAACCCAGAGGAUCUCACUGCAAAAGAAGGAAAAAAUUACCGCCCACUUUCUCAAGCAGUUUCCUACUGGCUUGCUUUGCCCUUGACAGCUCUGCAUUGGACAGCUGUCAAGCAAACAAAGUUACACAUUGCUCUCCUGUCAUUGUCCAUGGCUGGCACCUGCCAUGUUUUGAUAGUAGACACUUACAGGACAUUGUCCAGGUAAGCCAAACCCAUUCUAGCUAUUCAAAGCUGCACGGCUUUGGAAAAUCAGCAACCUCCUGCUGAAAAAUAUUUACAAAAAAGUGUGCACAUUCAGUUGUGUGAAAAAUAAAAUAAAAAUAGGUGGAAGCACACUGGCAGCUCCUCCAGUGUGUUGCUUGGGCACCAGAGUGGCUGUCAGGGACUGUCAUUUUGGAGACUGCAAAAAGUGAUCUCCUGGAGAAAGGGUUGCGGUACUUGCAGAGAGAAAGCAAGGAGAAAAGUGGUGCGGGGGAGGGGGCAACCCAGCAGGAGUCAGGAUCUGUUGGGCACACUGUGAGUUGCUUCAUGAGUGGCACUUUCUUUAUAGUUUAUUCUCGAGGUGAGUUGAUUUGUUGCGCAAACUCACCCAAUGCUUUGUUCAGAAGUGCUGUUCAGGAAGGGUUCUUGUUGCACUGUUGAAUACCAGCAGUUAGUAUUUGAAUGCAUGAAAAGUGAGUGGUGAUAGGACAGAUGUGGAAGGCAGGAUGGGGUUCUUCAUACAGUAAAGUCAGGGUCUUAGAUUCAUCCUUUUGUCCAAGAGUAAAUGGAUCAAGUAUUCAAUGGCCAUUAUAAAAUUAAAAAUAUUGCAUAGUAAUUGAAGUAAUUUUCUGCUGCUGAAAAUCAAACCUAAGCAGUGGAAGAAUACUGUUUUUAUUUGUAUGUCUGAUCCAUCAAAGGCUGAGUGGAAAAGGUUCAUUGUUUUGGGGUGGGAUGGCCCAUUUGGGCUUCUGCACUGGAAUGAUGCUGCCUUUGUCUGAGUGUUUGUGCGCACACAACUGAUUCCGCCAUGCAUGACCAAAAGCAUUUUCAGUGUUGUGCUAACAGAGGCAAUCAUUUCGUAAAGGAGAGAAUGCCACAAGCACAGGAUACUAAGUUUUCUUAAUUUGGACCUAUGAAUAUUUCAGAUGCCAAAAAGAAUAAUAAUGGAAGGAUCUAUGUACUAUAGGCACUUAUAGCUAUUUAUUUUGCCUGUGUAUUUCACAUAUGAGGACUGUAUUUUUCAGCACAAUGGGAACUGUAGUAGAUUUAGCUUUUCUGAAAAAGAGACUAAUUCUCAUCGUUGUGUGGUGGAAAAAUGACUUGCUUUUAGACCAUUUUAAUUGGAAAAUUGAUCUCCAUGGCAAAUAGUCUCUUUUUGUUGGACUUUUUAUACAUUUGUGAGAAAAGUAUAGUUGUUCUUUCCAAACACAGUAUAUUUGCCAAGCACUUACUGUAUCGUUAUCAUACUUAAAUGCACUAUGUGCGUAACUUAUGGAAGCAGAUGUAUUACUUUUCCUAAUUUCCUUUAAGACUUGAAAAGUUGCUGAACGGAACGGGAAGCACCAGGGGGUUGUGUGGCUCCUUCACUGUCGUGCAGAAGUGUUUGUAAAGCUCAGGCUCUUCAAAGGCUGAUGCCUUAACAGUGGUGCCCUUUGAUCUGAAGCGGUGUUGCAUUACUGAGUGUGCUUGCUUGUAGCUUAUCUUUCAUGCACUACAUGGUUCUUUGGUCUUUAAGUCCAAAUUCAGAAGAGUAGGAUGGUGUGCCUGGGAACAGUCCCACGUCGUCCUGGUCCUGUACCUCCUUGCAACACAUCUGAGUCUCGCUGUAUUGUUAGGGGAACCCUGAGUUGACCUGGGUGAGUUGGUUGCUUACAUCAGUUAGCAGGGUAACUGUGGGAGAUGGGGAGGGGGGUCUCCUCUGAUGCAGUGGGCAUGAGUGGGGCACUGCUGUGGGGACGUGAGGUUGAUGCCAUGUUUCCGAGCACCACUGUUAUGGGCAACGCUUCCAGGAAGGGAAUAUGUCAGAAGUGAGCGCUGAUGACAAUUGGCCCAUUUCAAAGUGGCCUCAAGAAAAGGCAAGGAGGGUACGUUGUAAGGAACACAAUUUGUGACCUUGAACAAAGUCAUCACUGACCCUGGAGUGUGUCAGUCGAGGCAUCAGCCUCGGCUCCUGAUUUUCUGGCUUUGUGGAGCUUAGUCUGGCAGGCUUAUUGCUGAAUUUCUCUGCUUUUCCAAAAGGAAAUAUGUUGUUACAAUAUGCUUGCGGUCCUAACCCUGUUCUCAUGGGGUACCAGCACAAGUGAAGGUGUCUCUAAACUCUCCUCGCACCAAGAGGGGAGUCCAGCAUUAGUGAAUGGUCCAGUUCUGAGGCUGUUGGCUGCUACGUAGCUUUGGGCUGGAAUGGGGGCACGGUGGGCUGCAGCCUGCCCUUCUCAGCCCUCAGAUCUGCCCCAGAACGAUGCUGGGCCACAGAUCUCUCCUGCACCAUCUCCUCUUGUAAAGAAUUCAUGGAAUUUUCCUCCCAAGGUCAAAACAUGUCAUGGAUACAGGAGCAAGUGAUUUAGGAGCAAUACCAAAGAUAAUCUGGAAGUGAUCAGGCUGUUUAGGAAUGUGAAGCUGGAUUCUAAGAGUUUCGGAACUGAAGGAAUAUUGAUGAAAGUUGGAUGCUGCAGACUGAAUUGUUUCGGUUUUAUGUAGGUGCUGUAAAUAAACAUUCCCCUCCUCAUUUGGGAGCGGGAAUAAGAAACCUGGUGUGUCUUGGGGCACUGUGCUGACGUUCCAGAACUGUACAUAGGGAAUGUGUAUAUUUUGGAAUGUUUUUAAGGCUUGAAAUAAAAUGGAAGCUAGCAAAGUCAAAGAGAAAUGUGUAUGUGUUUCCUGACAGAAAAAUGGAGUGAUGGUGAGAACUUUGCAUACGCGGAACUCAUUUAAGCAAGCUUUGAAGAAGCUCCCAGCCAAAUUUUCUCAUCAGCUUGUUAGCAUUUGUCUGCCGACUGCCCAUGCUUCAAGUAGCUUAUAGGUCUUCUGACUCUGAAUAUGAAACUUCUGAAUAUGAAACUUUCCUUUGCAGAAGUUGCACUUGGGAAAGAAUCCCUUCGACAAGUACCACUCCAUUUCAAUCUAUGGAAAGUUUGGAUACAACCCCAGAGUUGGAAAAAAAAAAAAACCCUAAAUUGUAGGUUGAGUGUGCUGAGAUGUUCUUGUCUUGUUACACUUUAACUAAUGUUGAGGCAUGGUGCUUUACUUAGGCUAGAGUGCCGAUUUGCGAUAAGGACCAAGCAAGCAGAAUCCCAUCAUUCUUGUUAUGUUAUUGGAUUCAAACUACUUUUUGAAACACUGCUGUUAGGUUGUGUCUCAGGUUGGUUCUAAAUAGGCUUCUGGUGAGGGAAGGUGUAGGUUUUUGGAGGUAUCAAAAUGGCUUGCACGAAUGCUGAGUUUAUUUAAUAAGUAAGAGUAACUUGAAAGUAAGUCAAGCCUGGCAGGAGCAGCUGACUUUUAAAAACAAAACAAAACCAUUUUAAUGUCAUUAUUUCUGUGACUCUCCGAAAACUAAAUGAUGUUUAAAAUGUAAAUAAAAUAAAAUUUACAAGAUAAAUGAGUCCAAUAUCAGAAUUUCAAAGCCAAGAUUAAAGACAAUCACAGUAAUUCCAGUGAAAAUGGCUUCCAAACCCACAUUAUUUUAUAUGAUAGUGUUUUAUGUAUCUUCUCUUGGAAAAGCAUUCCUUUGAAGACGUUCCAUGUUUUCUUUUACUCUGGUUUACGCAGAGUGGAAAUGACUAAAAUGGUACAUCCAUUUCCAAAGUUGAUUAAUGCUUGGUGAUCUAGCUCUAAAACUGGGUUGAUAAUUUUCUGAGAUAUAUAUGUGGGGGGCGUGGCAGGGGGAAUAAAGCAAGCUCACAAUCACACUUUGAUCCAAAAUCUGCUUAGGUAGAAGUUCCUCCUACAUCUUUUGGGGGCCACACUGGAUGAUGGGGGCUUCCAAACAUGCAUUUCCUCCCUAGCACUUUGCUCAAACUCUUCCAAACCAUCUGUUCUCCCAAACUGAUACUUGCUUUUGCAAGAAACAAAGACUUAAUUCCGAUUUUUUUUUUUUUGCAUAAAAAGAAGAAAAAACUCAUCCUGUGUGCAAUAACUGACCCUCAUUCCAGAUUUAGCUUGCUGCUUUGAAAUAUUGUAGAUAUCAGCUAACAUGGUGUGGCUGCUGAUUUCAGUACUUCAGGGUAGCAUUUGGUCACAUUUCAGCACGGGAAGCAAAACUUGGAUUAGGGUUGUUCAGUGACAUACCAAGGUUGAGAGGAUUAAGCAUACUUAAUUUGCAUUAGGCGGUGCUUUGGAUGUCCCGUAUUCCUCAGCAUGGUGGGCUCUGAAAGGAAAGCACACGCUUUGUGCAAGGUUCUCUGGAAUCUGGAUAAUAAAUGGGGAAAGGAAGCUGCUGAACGCGUGUGCCCCUUGUGGAUGACGACAUCUUGUUGCUCAGCGCUUUAGCCAUAGGUGUGAGUUUCUUCCAUCUACUUGGCAAGUAGUAGUUUCCCAGCCAUGUGCCUGCGCAUUCACCUUGUGUUUACAUCCUGCUCAGAAAGACGACAGAGCUCUUGUGUCGCUCUUCUGCUUCAGAGCUUCUGGAAGUGGCACAGGUCCUACAGGGAAGCUCCUCUGUGCACACGGCAGCUCCUGUGUAUUUUUAAAGCCAAAGGGGAGGAAUAUGCAGAUGGCAGCUUUGUACUAUAGGGUUCUAGGGAAACGAUGAUUUUCAUGCACCCUUGAACACACAUUUCUUUCACCUACUGCACUGUGUGUAUGUGUAUAUAUGUGUGGGUGUGUGGAAACGCCUCUCUCUCUCAUUAGUAACUUGCCUAGGAAAUUGUGCUGCUAUUACACUGAUUUUUUCCUAAACAAAAAUUCCAAUAACUCACUUAACGUGUGCCUCUGCAUUUGCUUCAAACUUAAGUUAGAAAUGGAACACUAAGCCUUAUAUAUGUACAGGCAAAUGAUAAUCUCAUGCUGAUGACUUUGACAGUGCAAUUGUAUUACAAACGGAUAUUAAUGCCAAAAAUGCCUUCAGAUUUUAGAUGGGUGUUUUGAUAUAGUUAGUUUCAAGCAGCUUUCAUGUAAUGUCAAAACGUUUGUCUUCUGUGCAAUACCUAUUUGUGUUGGGGGAUGCUUUGAAACACUGUUUAUUUUAAUGUUCUGAUGGCCAGGUUUAAUAAUUUUAAGCUUGUAUGUAUGUAUAUUGGCUAACCUUGGAGUUGUUUCUGUACAGCAUGGUGGAAAAUGUUUUAAUAUUUGCACUUUGUAGAAUUUACAAAUUUGUAAUUUAACCCUUUUUAAAAUGCUUGCUUACUUUGUACAUAAAAUUAUUGUCAAAUUACGUUUGUAUAUAACAGAAUGGUCUUGAAGUUGAUUAAAGAAAAAAAUGGAUAUGUGA